UUUUCGCCUGUCACGGAAGGGGAGAGUGAAGCAGCGGUCGCCUCCAUAGCGAAAGAACACGCGUGUAUACAUCUCAAGAUCUCUUCCUCAAGAAGAAGAAACCUUGGCAUCUGAUCCUUCCUUCUACCAUUAGCGAUCUAUCAAAUCAAACCAUGAAAAACAGGGGAUUAUUUAAGAAUAGAAGUGCUACAGUAUAUUCUGUAGACAACUGCAUGACCGUUGUCACGGAAGUGGCAUAGAUGGAAAUAAAAGUCGUCGUGCAUGUUCUCCAAAUACAUCAAACUUUUGUUGGGGAUUAGUAGCAGAAUUUUCCAUGGUAGACUCAACGGCUGCACGUUGUCCAAAUAUUGUUUAUAGGCCUAUACGGCCAUCUGAUCUUGAAGUUCUCGAGCAGAUGCACAUUGCUUUGUUUCCUAUCAGGUACGAGUCCGAAUUCUUCCGUAAUGUGGUCAAUGGCCAUGACAUUGUCUCUUGGGCUGCUGUUGACAGCAGCAGGCCAGACAGUCAAUGUGAUGAACUUAUCGGAUUUGUCACUGCACGCAUCAUUGCAGCAAAAGAAAGCGAGAUUGGGGAUAUGCUGGGAUAUGAUUCUUCAAGGACUGAUCAAACACUUGUUUAUGUUCUGACACUUGGUGUUGUAGAAGCUUACAGAAAUCUUGGAAUAGCCAGUUCUCUUAUUCGGGAGGUAAUCAAAUAUGCUGCCAGCAUGCCUGUUUGCAGAGCGGUUUACUUGCAUGUCAUUUCUUAUAAUGAUCCCGCUAUUCAUUUCUAUAAGAAGAUGCAAUUCAAGUGUUUAAGAAGAUUAUCAAAUUUUUAUUACAUCAAGGGCCGACAUUAUGAUUCAUUCUUGUUUGUGUACUAUGUAAAUGGCGGUCGAUCUACUUGCUCUCCGCUGGAUCUCAUGGCAGCACUGGCGACAUAUGUCAGGAGCCUAUUUUCAUCUCUGGCUGCAAAGCUGUGGAAGAAGGAAGAGAAAAACGCAGCAAGAUGGUCCAAAUGCAAAGAAACCAGUUCUCUCUUAAUUACCCAGAACAAGCGGAUCCACACUGCUGAGAAUGCUGCAUGCCAAUGCGUUUAAGUGCUAAUUCCUCUGUGGCUCUGCUAUAUUCCAGCAGGAACUCUCAGAGGGAUUUGUCACAGCCCUUCUACUCUCAUUCUGGCUUUCAUUGUUGUAGAUUUUGCAUAACACAUGUAAAUUAAUUUAAAAUGUGGUUCCUUUCUGUUGUAUUAUCUUCAGAUCUUUAAAAGGCAUGCCCUUGCCUAUAUAAUUUAUUUUAUGA